UUUUCACUUCCUCUCUCAAGUCUCAAGAAUCCAAAGCCCUAAUCGAACUAGGGUUCCAGUCAGAUAUUACCAUCCAUGGCUUUAGUCAGCUUUUGCUUGACCAAAUGUGCGCUUACCUGGUGAAUUGCGCGAUUGUUCUUGUAGUGCAGUGAACUUGAGCUUGGAGUUGGAUGAACAUUUGGCACGGUGGUUUGGAUCAGUCGAGCUCUUGAAGUUCCACAAAGAACCAGGUAUAAGCUGCUUGUUGCUUAGAGGUUGUAUUUCAUGCAUGCUCAAUCCCUAAUUAGGCACAAUCAAGAGGCAUGGCCGACUAGUUGGUACCAUGAAAUCUGUAAUGUGCUUUUCAAAACUGGGUUUUGUCUUAGCUUGUGGAUGCAUUUGAUUUCGGCUCUGUCAUAUUGGAGUCAAUUUCUAUCUAGUCUCUUUACUCUUAAAAUGUUUUCCCUUAGCUUGCUAACGAGAUGUGUGUAUUAGCAGUCCCUACGUUUGCCUUUGUAUUGGAUUGCGGCCAGGAGGUAGCAGUUUUGUAGCUGGGUUUUGACUGUGUCGCGCUAUUUUCGAGCACAAUCCGAGCUACAUCAAGAAAAGAAAGGGCAAGAAACAAUGUCGAUUCCGCCUAGACAUGAUCUAACAACUUCUCAAGGUAAGGCCAGGAGUGAGCAUUACAUAAAGUACUUGAUCAAGGAAGAAAAGAAUUACUAUGGAGCUGAAGCAUUGGUCAUCGCUCAUCCAUUACAAGAGACUUUCCUGGCAGCACGCAGAUUCUUCUUGGAGUUUGUGGGAAGUCCGCAUUAUCUCAGUGGAACCACCAUAUAUGCUGCACAGUUCAUGUUUGAAAAGUUCUAUGCCGACAAUGUGGCUGCUCCAAGUGAAGGUGAGAUUGAGAUUUCGAAAAAGUGUUGUCUCGCAGUUAUGGUCAAGCUGAUGGAGUCGAGACAUGACCGCGUUCGUGAACAUCCUUAUGAGGUCCUGUAUUCCAAUGAUAGCAUUCACAAAGAGGUCUCCAGAAUAAACGAUAUGGAGAUUCAAUUGAUGGCAAGAAUGGGAUAUGAGGCCAACCCUCCUACUCCGUUUGAUUACCUCCCACGUUUGGUUGUGGAGUACUUUCCGGAUGCUUCAGAGUACGAGAUGAAGUACACAGAGGUCGUUUCACUAUUACUGAAACAAAUGGCUAGAGAAGAUUUUGAUGCACCUAUAGCUACGAGUAAGCCAUCCGCCCUAGCUCUUGUAGCAACAUCCAUGAUAGCAUCAUAUCCUGAUCCUCCCGUGUUCAGCACCGACAACGUAUUGAAUGUCAACGAGGUUGAUUUCCAAAGGUAUGUAGAAAUGAUGCAAGGGAAUUGAAGAUUAAACUCAAGUGAAGGAGAAGCUCCUGCUUGUCUAGAAUUUCAGGAAUUAGGCCCUUUUCCCGCUCCGUCGUUAAGACUCUAUCCCCUACUUCUAUAAGAUUAGGUUUCACAUAGUCAGAGCAGCUUCAGCCUUUGCAUGAACUGCUUGCCUGGCUUUCAUAUCUCUUGCUUUUUCUUCUCUAAAUGGAUGCUGAAAACAGUUAUGAACAAAACUAUGUUCCAAACAUAAUGAUGUAUGGUAGACAGGAUGGGUGAACAGUAUUAAAAGCCGAUUGUAAAGAGAGCAUUAUGGAUAUUCAAAAUGAAUUACCCUUGGGUUUGCUUG